AUUGUAACUAAUUAAUAUUAAGUGUCUUUAAAUUAUAAGAAUUGUUUCUUAGUUUAAGAACAUUGUCAAUAAUUUUGCCAUGGCCAAAGUAGAUUCUAUCGGUCCGAGUAGUCCGGAUUGUUUAAAUGUUGAUUUUAUGCGAUCUUUGGUGAAACAGUACUCCGAAUUGGGUCAAUGGACUAGUGCAUUCUUCUGGGCGGAUGCCGCGGCCGCAACCAGUAGUGACUCCGCUAGUGGUGACGACAUAUGGCUGCUGGCCAGCACUAUGCUCUCACGGGGUGAGCUGCACCGCGCAGCACACGCUAUCACAUCCAGGGGUCUACACAGACGACAUCUUCUCUGUCUGGGGGUGGCCAUGCGAGCGUAUAUCUCCGCCAAAGAACCUGCUACCGCAUUGUCCAUAUUAGAUGAAUGUGAUGUUGCAUUGCUGGAGCCAAGGAGCCAUGAUCAGACACACAAUAGGGCUCUAGCCAGUGUUCUGGUGUGGAAAGCCCGGGCACUGUCUGCAUUGGAAAGACGAGAAGCAGCAGCGGAAGAGCUGAUGUCGGCGUUACGUGCUGACUGCGCUUGCUAUGAAGCUCUUGAUCUGCUUUUAGAACAACAUGCACUCACUCCUAGACAAGAGACUGAUCUAAUAGAAUCUCUACCAAUCAACAACCAGUUGAGUGGGGCGGAGGGUGCAUUACUCAGAACUGCGUACAGAGACCGUUUGUUGCGAUAUGCACCAGUGAAAGCAACAUCUACAACCACAGACGAGCGAGGUGACUCCACCGAAAGUGCUAACACACCUAGUUCAGUGGAAGUGGUAUUAGCACGGAGUUCAGAGGGCGCUGCCCGCAAGGCCCGACGGCUGGCGGCGGCGGGGCACUGGGCAGAGGCCCUCAAGGCCCUGGACCAGGCGGGGCCCUGGGCCUGCGCUGACGUCAGGGCCGCCUGUCUACUGGAACUGAGAAAGAGUGCGGAACUGUUUGCCUUUGCGCAUGCUUUAGUUGAUGCGUAUCCACAAUCUUGGACCUCGUGGUUUGCUGUUGGUUGUUAUUAUUACCUUAUAGGUAAGAGUGAAUUUGCAAGGCGAUAUCUGAACAAGGCGAAGAGUUUGGAGCCCGGCGCUGGCUGCAUCUGGUUGGCUUAUGGACACAGCUUUGCUGCUGAAAAUGAACAUGAUCAAGCAAUGGCAGCUUAUUUCAAGGCGACGCAACUGAUGGCUGGCUGUCACUUGCCCGCGCUCUACGUCGGGGUUGAAUGUUCACUGCUCAAUAACGUCAGCAUGUGUGAGCGCUUCCUGCUGCGUGCUGCUACACUGCACAGUGACACUGAGGGUGCGGAUGCUGGGGUAGAUGAGAGCAACGUGGAGAACAGUUGCGGAUGGGAGCGUAUCGCUCGCGUGGUGUGUGACCCGUACGUUGCGCACGAGGCGGGCGCGGCGGCGCACGCGGCCGGCGACCACGAGCGCGCCUGCGCACUCUGGCUGCGCGCGCUGCACGCCGCCAGGGACGAGCGCGACCAGUUGCACCCUCGUUGGGCGGCGACAUUAGAUGGUCUGGGUCAUGCGUGUCGCGCGCUUGGUGAAACGCGCGCCGCGUUACGUUGGCAUGAACGCGCGUUAGCUCUGCGUCCUGCGCGUGCAGCAUCACUAGCUGCACGUGGACUAUGUCUCGCGCUCCUGGGCCGGACACGCGCAGCCGCUGAUGUACUACACGCUGCACUCGCACGGGACCCUGAUGAUGUGGUGGCGCUGGCACUCCUCGAUGCUGUUGUGGAUAGACUGGAUGCAGCCCUCACUGAUGAAGAAAUCCCCCAGUUCCCGUUCCCUACGGUGAACCUGUCGCUGGGGGCGCCUCACACCCCUCACACCCCCCACACGGGGGGCGCGCACACCCCCCACACGCCCCACGCUGAUGCCACCAACACGUCCGAUAUGAGCAUGAGCUUCGACUGAACAUAAAUAAAUAAAUACUAGA